UCGGUUUAACGAAAGUGGUGCCACAUCUGCGAAGUGCGGCAGCGAUUGGACCCGUUCGAAGGCUCGCAUUGUCCUUUCAGUCUUCAAGCCCGGUAAACCCUCCGAAUCGCGCUGCUCCUACCGCCUACCCUCUGCGAGCAACGGUGCAGUCCGUUGUGUAUUCGUUCAGAGGGUGUUGCGAGUUCUUUAGUAGCCGGAAUAUACGAAACGGGUCCUUUUGGAACUUCGCAAGCGGUAGUAGCCAGUGGUCAAUUCAUCGAGCACACGUCAUCCUGACUGCCCGAGGUUCGUCGGAAGCACUAGAGCUGCUCUUUCGGUUGCUUCGUGUGGUCUGACGUCAAUCGGUGUUGAAGUAGUGGCCUGGCAUCCUUCCCAAGAAACGAGUCAACGUUUUCAGUGGACUGACCGUCGCGUCUGCAGACUUCAAGAAAAAAAAAAAAACUGUGCCGGAUCCCGUACGGCGUGGGUGCGCGUCUGCUGCACGCAGUUUCCGCUGUUGAGCCGCCGCCGUGUUAGUCACCGCACAGCCCAACGGACGACUGACCUCGUCGUCAACUUGUCUCCGUUUACGCGUUCACAUCUCCGGUGGUCAGACAUGGGUGCCGGUCUCUGCAGCCGUUCGGCCAAAUGGCAACCCGGAAAAGAGGCAGAUGUAGGCCUCAUUGGCCUGGCGGUCAUGGGCCAGAACCUGAUCCUGAACAUGAAUGACCACGGCUUUGUGGUUUGCGCCUUCAAUAGAACUGUUGAGAAGGUGGACGAGUUUCUCAAGAAAGAGGCAAAGGGCACCAAGGUCAUCGGCGCCCACUCCCUCGAGGAAUUUGUCUCCAAACUCAAGACUCCGCGCCGUAUCGUGCUGCUUGUCAAAGCUGGAGAUGCAGUUGACGGCUUCAUUAACAAGCUGGUCCCUCUGCUGGACAAAGGGGACAUCAUCAUCGACGGUGGCAACUCCGAGUACCAGGACAGUGAGCGUCGUUGCGAGGCCCUCAAAAGCAAGGGUAUCUUAUUCGUGGGCUCUGGUGUCAGUGGCGGCGAGGAAGGCGCACGCUAUGGUCCCUCGCUCAUGCCUGGUGGCAACCCCGAGGCAUGGCCUCACAUCAAGGAGAUCUUCCAGAGCAUUUCUGCCAAGGUAGAUGGAGAGCCAUGCUGCGAUUGGGUCGGUGACGGUGGCUCGGGUCACUUCGUAAAGAUGGUGCACAACGGCAUCGAAUACGGCGACAUGCAGCUCAUCUGUGAAGCCUACCACCUCAUGAAAAACGCAGCCGGUCUAAAUCACGAUCAGAUGAGCGAGGUUUUUGCCAACUGGAACAAGGGCGUCUUGGACUCGUUUCUGAUUGAAAUCACAAGCAACAUUCUCAAGUUCAAGGACACUGACAAAGAGCCUCUUGUGACAAAGAUUCGGGACUCAGCUGGGCAGAAAGGAACAGGCAAGUGGACGGCAAUAGCUGCUCUUCAGCACGGCAUUCCAGUUACCUUAAUUGGUGAAGCAGUAUUUGCCCGUUGCCUGUCUUCACUCAAGGACCAAAGGGUUGAGGCGAGUAAGAUCCUGUCUGGCCCGACAGAAGCUCACUGGGACCCAACAGAGUUUGUUGAGCACAUCCGCAAGGCACUGUAUGCUUCCAAAAUUGUCUCCUAUGCCCAAGGCUUCAUGCUGCUGCGAAGUGCAGCUCACGACUACAAGUGGAACCUCAACUAUGGCGCUAUUGCUCUGAUGUGGCGUGGUGGUUGCAUCAUUCGGAGCGCCUUCUUGGGCAACAUCAAGGCUGCCUUUGACAAGAACCCCUCGCUGAGCUGCCUUCUGCUCGACACUUUCUUCGUGGAUGCCAUCCGCGAUUGCCAGACUUCCUGGCGCCACGUGGUCGCCACUGCCGCGCAGCUAGGCAUCCCCACACCGGCGUUCAGCACUGCGCUUGCCUUCUAUGAUGGAUUCCGCUCGGACACCCUGCCGGCCAACCUUAUUCAGGCUCAACGUGACUACUUUGGGGCACACACGUACGAGCGUCUCUCCGAGCCAGGCAAAUUCGUCCACACGAACUGGACCGGCCACGGCGGUGAUGUCUCGUCGUCGUCCUACAACGCGUGAUCUCUGCCGCCCGGGCUAAAAUCUCCUUCCCCUCCUUAAACGCCCCUCAGAAACGUGGUCCGCUCCUCAACCAGAAGGCUUGUCACUUUUUGACACCAGUUUUGAAGUAUAUAGUCUUUAUCUUGUGGUUAAAAUAAAGAAUUUUUUUAACAUACAA